CCGAACGCACCAUACAAUGAGCCAAGUUCUCGCCCUCAACAAGGUCGUCGCGGCGCCCAAGGUUGCCCGCCGCACCAUCCGCCGCGCCAAGGUUGUCGCCAGCGCCAAUCCCGUCGCCAAGGCUACUAAGAAGGAGACCGUCGCGCCCGUCGCGCUCACCGCGGGCGCCGCGGGACUCUUCGCGGCCAUGCCCGCCCAGGCGCAGGACGCGAUGUUCCAGCUCGCCGAGCUCGGCGACGACGUGGAUGAGGAGACCGCGCUCUACGUGCUCGUCGGCGGCUCGCUCGUGAUCGCCACCGCGGUGCUCUCUCUGGUCAUCGGAUCCGACCUCUUCAUCAAGAACAUCGUGAACAAGUGAGACGGUCGUUCAGACGGUGGGCGCGUAGUCGAGAUGUCCUGUUGUAAAGCCAUGCCCCCGUGGGUUGAGUUGGAAA